AUGCUCCAUGAAAGGUCGCUGCCUCCCUGUGCUAUGAUCCCGCGGAGCUUGGUUUCGGCGGUCGCAGACGAAGGUCAGGCCACGGGGGGCGCUCGUGACGGAGGAGAUUGGGCUGGCACCACGCCUCGUAUCAGUCAAAAGGUCAGAGCACCUUUGCCUUCAGGACCUUUCAAGAAUGACCAGAAGAUGGUUGACGACAUCAACGCUUCCCAGACGUCAUGGAAGGCUAAGGUCUAUGAAAAACAUGAGAAGUACUCCGUCGAAGAGAUGUUCCUCCGCGCGGGAGGUCCCGGCAGCGUCCUCCCCAACCCCCCCUCCCCCGCCCCCGCGACCCCCGAGCAGAAGGCCCGCGUCUCCUUCCUGCCGGAGAACUUCGACUGGCGUGACGUGGAGGGCGUGAACUACGUGAGCGCCGUCAGGGACCAGGCUGCGUGCGGCUCCUGCUACAUCUUCACCUCCUUGGCUCAGCUGGAGGCGCGCCUGAGGAUCGCCACCCGCAACCAGCGCCAGGACGUCUUCUCCACGCAGGACGUGGUAUCCUGCUCCCUCUUGUCCCAAGGAUGCGCCGGCGGCUUCAACUACCUCAUAGCCGGACGAUACGCGAUGGAGCAGGGCGUCGUGGCGGAUGAAUGCAACCCCUACACUGCACAGGACGACUUGUGCGAUACGGACACCACCUGCGCGCGCACCUACGUGAGUGAUUACCAGUACGUCGGCGGUUACUACGGGGCUUGCAACGAGGAGCUCAUGAUGCAGGCACUGGUGGAGAAUGGGCCAUUGUCUCUUGCUUACAUGGUCUACGACGAUUUCCAUAACUACGACGGAGGAAUCUACCACCAUACUGGAUUUAAGAAUGAGUUUAAUCCGCUGGAGAUGGUGAGCCACGCCGUCCUGCUGGUGGGCUACGGCGUCGACAACGCUACAGGCGAGAAGUACUGGACGUGCAAGAACUCGUGGGGCGCGGACUGGGGCGAGGACGGCUACUUCAGGAUCAGGAGGGGAACCAACGAGUGCUCCAUCGAGUCCAUGGCCUUCGAUGCCACUGUCAUUCCCUAAGGAGGACCCUGAACAGAUGUUUCGACAGCUGUUUUGCUGUUCGUGUUAAAUGUCGAGUAAAAAUAUUUUAUGUAU